AUGUCCGAGAAACCAAUCUUCGUCUUCGUGCCAGGCGCAUGGCAUACUGCCGACACAUUCGACGUCCUGCGGGAUUUGAUGCACAAGCGUGGUUUCGCAACUAAAGCUAUCGCAACCCCCUCCGUGGGCGCGUCCCCACCAAAUAAGGGGCUGCACGCCGACAUUGAAUAUACCAAAGCCAUCUUGCAAGAGAUGGUGGACGCGGGCCGCCAGAUUGUGGUGGUGAACCAUUCCUAUGGUGGCCUGGUCGGUGCUGGGGCUGUCGAAGGCCUGGGGUAUGCUCAGCGGUCUCGGGCUGGCCUUCCUGGCGGCGUGCUUAUGGUAGUAUGGAUGGCUGCGUUUGCAACCCCCAAGGGCCAAUCGGUACUUGAUAUGCUGGGCGGAAAUUGGCUUCCUUGGAUGCUGAUCAAGAGUCCGGAUGACGGUUAUUGCUGGUCUUCCAAUCAAGAAACCGUGUUUUAUCACGACAUGUCGCCAGAAGAGCAGCAGAACGCGAUUGCGAACUUGAAGCCGCAACCGCAGAAGUCAUUCCGGGAACCAGCUCUGCAUGAGCCGUGGCACGAGAUGCCCAGUAUGUAUCUGUUCUGUGACCAGGAUGGAGCCAUUCCUUUGUCCGCCCAAGAGAGCUUCGCGAAGCUCCUGGGCACCCCAGUGACCUAUCACGUCGAUGGAUCUCACUCCGCAUUUUUGAGCAUGCCCGAGAAAGUGAUUGAUGGACUGGAGAUUGCACUGAAAGAAGGACAACAGCAGAGCGGAAUCGCUGUGAACUAA